AUGUAAAAGCUAUACUAAUCCUUUGAAAGUGAAGCCCAAAACAUCCAAAAAUUAAUAAGCAAUUACCAUGAGAAGUUAUAAGGAAAAUUUUAGGGAAUGCUUGAGAAAUCAGAGGCGAAAAAAUAAAAACUCCUCGAGAGACUGCAAACAACUAAAGAACAACUAAAAAUUAGUAUUGACAGGAACAUUCCGUCUAAAAUAUAAAAGCUUCAAAACAAAAUAGAAAAAUUAGAAGCUUAAAUGUAGAAAGUUAAUCGAAAAGAUUAAAUAGCAAAUGAUUUCCAUCUAGUGUAUGAUGGACUAUUUAAUUAACUAUAAAUUACUCAAAAUCAGAACAUUGAAAAACUUACAUAAGCUUAGAGAGAUGACAAUUAUCAAAUAUUAUGUUCCAUUAAAAGAUAAGCAGUAAAUUUGUCAAACCAAGUCUAUAAAAAGAAACACCUCGAGCCUAUUCGACAAAUUUGCUAUCAUUGCAAUACUGUAAUUUUAUUAUUCAUUUGUUUUAGCUUUUAAAUUAAUAUCUUAAUUUUGGUGUUGAUUAAAAAAUAUAAUAACCUGAUAUAUUUACAAUUGAUAUUGAAUAAAAUAAACUAUUUAUAGAAAAGAAACAGUAUGAAGAAGAAAGAAUUCUCUAAAAAUAGGAGAGACAAUAGUAAUAUCAAGAGCAAAAGGCUCAAAGUAGGAUUGAUAAAAAAAAUAAAAAAUAGAGACAAGAAUCUGAAUUGUAUCUAGAAAAAGAAUAGAAAAAACAUCUUAAAUAAUAAGAAUAAUAUGAAAAAAAAAAAUAAUACAAUUAGAAUUUCAAAAAAUAUCAAGAAGAACCAUAUUAAAUUAAACAAAAUUCUGAGAUUAAUGUGAUUCAAUAAUUUGACAAUAUAAUAAUUGAAGAUCAAAAGAAAGACAAAUAAAAAGUCAUAUAAUAAGCGCAAAAUAAAUAAGAAACAGUAACAGCAAUAGAUGACUCUAACCUAUGCUAAAUUUGCUUUGAAUUUCCUAAAUAAUAUGUGGCUACCCCAUGUGGCCAUUUUGUAUAUUGCCAAAAUUGUAAAGAUCUAGCAGUGAAAGAGUGCUUAAUUUGCAGAGAACCUGUAUAAAUGUUGAUCAAGGUAUUUUAAUGA